UGUCAUCCUAAUGAAGCGAUUGACUCCUGCGCAAAUGAGUUCCUAACUUCAACAAGUCCAACCCCGUUGGAAUUUUUUCGCUGGGUUACACCAAGCAAACAAAAUCGCGCCAUCGAACAAUAUAAAACAACCUACAAUCAGGCUUUAAAAAGUGGCACUAACCAUGAUGUACUCAGUACAAUAACUUUUGAUAGUUCAAGCAUUAUUACCGAAGAAAAUGAAAAUGAUGAGAAUCACAGCAACGAAGACGAAAUUAACGAGCCU